AUGGCCCUCACCUCCGACCAUGUCAAUUUCCUGGUGUACCGCUACCUUUUGGAGGCUGGCUUCGCCCACACCGCCUUCACCUUUGGCGCGGAGAGCUCCAUCCUGAACUCCGGCCUGCCCGGCGCCGACGUGCCCGUGGGCACGCUGGUCAGCAUCCUGCAGAAGGGCUUCCAGUUUGCCGAGCUGGAGGCCAACCUGACGGAGGAGUCCACCGAUGUCUUCGGCGAGUUCACGCCGCUGUCGGCGGAGGCCAUCAUGACCGGGGAUGUGGAGGAGCUGCGCGCCACCGUUCGCGAGUGGCACGAGAAGCGUGACGCCGCCGCGCUGGACGUGCUGGCCUCGGGGCCGGAGGAGCUGGACCCUGGUGCCUGCCUGGGGCUGGGGGGCGCGGAGGGGCCCGUGUAUGCCUGCCCCUGGGCCCCGGCCGGCCCCCCUCGCCUCGCGGCGGGGUCCGCGGACGGCAGCCUGCGCCUGUGGGACUUUCCCGAGGGCACUCGGGAGCCACCGCCCGCGCCCUGUGUCUGCGCCACGGGGGGUGAGAUCACGGCGAUAGAGUGGUCGCCGGGGUCGAGCCUGCUGGCCGUGGCACUCAUGGACGGCAGCAUCCAGAUCUGGGAGGCCGACGGCACGCGCAAGUUCACGCUGGAGGGCCACACGCGGUCCAUCUUCGCACUGCGCUGGAACCGGCGCGGCGACCUCCUGCUCUCCUGCUCUGUGGACUGCGCCGCCAUCGUCUGGGAUGCGCGGACCGGCGCCCUGCGCAGUCGCUGCGUGCACCACGCCGCGCCGCUGCUGGACGGCGACUGGCGCACAAACGCCAUCUACGCCACCGCCAGCGCCGACCGCACCAUCGCCGUCUUCAGGGUAGGCGAGGACCGACCCCUCAAAGUCUGGAAGGGGCACUCCGGGGACAUCAACGGCGUGCGGUGGGAUGGCAGCGGCAAGCUGCUGGCCUCGGCCUCGGACGACGGCACCGUCCGCAUCUGGUCCCUCACCUCUGAUGCGCCACUACACACUCUGACAGGGCACAGCGCCGAGGUGAACAGCCUGCGGUGGGGCCCCUGGGACAGCCGCCACCUGCUGGCCAGCGCCGGCGCCGACGGCCUGGUCCAGAUCUUCGACCCCGACACCGGCACGGUGGUGCACCGCCUGGACCGCCACGGCGCCAACGUGCCGCACCUGCGCUGGAGCCCCGCGGGCGAGUACCUGGCCACCGGGGAUGAACUGGGCCAGGUCCUGGUCUGGUCCACCAAGUCGGGGGCUGUGGUGCGCAGCCUGCAGUGCCCCGCCCUCAUUCACGACCUGUCCUGGGCGCCGGACGGCGAGACGCUGUCCAUGUGCAUGGCCGAGGGCGCACCCCAGGUGCUGGUGGUACCCCUGGGUCAGGUGCCGCCCCUCCCCCCGGCCGACCCGAAGCCCAUGUCGCCAUGA